GCGUCCUGUAACACACUAGAAACCACGCUGCCGCCGACAAUCUAGCCAACUGGGAGUAUCUGAGGCCGUUCAGCGCGGGUUCGGAAGCUAUUCGAUCGUGACCAAGCGGCACCAGUGAUUCGUGCGAUCUGUGAGGCUCUAGGCUGCCCACAAGCAAAGCUGCCCACAAGCUAAGAUCUGGGCCAUUCGAGCACGCGCGAGCCGAACAAAAUCACGAGACAAAAAUGGCCCUCUUCACGCAGCUCGACGCGGACCUCGUGAGCAACCUGGUGGAGCUGGCCAGCAGCCCCGACUGCCCCGACGACGAACUCACGAUAGACGAGGCGAGUUUUCUGGAUGGCAGCGCCCAGGACCGCCACGUCUACGCCUCGUUUGAACAAGGCGCGUGGCCCGCGUCGCCGGACCGCCAGACCUGGGUGAGGGAAGUCGUGUGCCGCGUCGGCAAAGGUCGAAUGCAUGAAUCCGCGAGGAGCCUCUGGGCGCGCAUCCACUUCGAGGGGAGUAACGGCGCCGAGGACGAUUAUGUCCUGGGCAUGCGCGUCGACGGUAAGGAACACAUCGAGUGGUACGAGGAGCAAUUAAGCAGGGGCCUCGCGCUGCACGACGGCGUCUGCGAAGUGUGGGUGCCGCCGCCGCCGCCCGAAAAGCUGAAGAAGGACGCCUGGUGGUCCAAGCACUACCUCAAACCCGGCCACGAGGACGGUAGCAUCUCCUACCAGACGUACCGCACGUACAUCGACGACGUCAUCCUCGACGCGAUCCAGGACUUCGACGCGCUGCCUUUGAACGGGCGGGUCCUGGAGCUCUGCGCGGGCGACGGCGCAUUUAUGGAGCGGCUCCUGGGGAGGCGGCCGGACGUGGCCUCCUAUGUUUUUGUGGAGCGGAACGCGGACCUGUGUCGAAGGGCCCGCGACCGGUGCGCGUCAGCAAUCGUGGAGGGGCUCUGCGUGGACGCCUGUGCGGCCCGGCGUCGAAAGCUAUGUCGUGGAGGUUCGCGACGGUCUCUCGCACUCACCGUUGGUUUCGUCAAUUCCCCCAAAAGGCGAUCACACAGGCGACACGGCGACGUGGGAUAUGAUAGAACCGCCGGACGUGGUCAUCGCGUCCGGCUCGGUCUUAUGCGGCCAGGUCGGGUCGCCGGCCAUGGCCGAGCCGGUGUUGAAAGCCGUGGCGGCGCUGCUCAAGCCGACGUCGCUCUUCGUCGUGACGGGCUUCACGCAGUCUUAUUUAAAUCCGGCGCUGCUGGCGCGCCACGGGCUCGAGGUGCGCCGGGGGUCCGUGUCGACGGACGCCGUCGGCGGCCUGAGCUCGGGCUUCGGGCGGUUCCACCUGCUGGCGCUGCGGCGGCGCGCGGCGCCAUUGGAACCUUCCCUCCGCGACGCGCUGCUUCCUCCAAGUAUCGAGGAGAGCGUGCGCAAGGUCACGAUAAGCGAAUAGUUGUACAA